AUGAUGAAGGAAACUAUCACGCACGCGGAGUCGCCUAAUACGACCGGCGAUGACCACAAUGGUGCCGAGAAGGGCCAUGUCGAGCAAAUCGAUUUACACAACAAUAUCUCUGCCAAGAUCAAGAAUCCACUUGCUGAUCUGAGUCAGUCUCAAGUGCUCCGCGAUGUGGAGGACUUCGCUCAGGAGUACAACGUCACGGAUAUCUUGCCGGAGCUGAAGAAAGGAGCUCUGGUUGCUCGUGACCCUUCUGAUUACGAAGCGGUUUGUGACCUCACAGACCACGAGGUUUCUGCUCUACGUGAUGAAGUUCUUCACAAAUGGCGUCAACCCAAGGCUCUCUACUUUACCAUUAUUCUGUGCUCGAUUGGCGCUGCCGUCCAGGGAUGGGAUCAGACUGGUUCCAACGGUGCUAACCUGUCCUUUCCCGAUGCUUUUGGUAUUCCAGAAACGGCGAGCGUGAAGAACCAGUGGCUUGUUGGUAUUGUCAACGCUGCCCCGUACAUUGCAAGUGCCGUACUUGGAUGCUGGCUUUCCGAUCCCAUCAACCGCAUCUUGGGCCGUCGUGGUACAAUCUUCAUCGCUGCCAUCUUUUGUGUUUUGUCUCCUAUCGGCUCCGCGUUUACUCAGAACUGGCCCCAGCUGUUUAUCACCCGUCUGCUUCUUGGAAUCGGAAUGGGUCUGAAAGCUUCCACCGUCCCUGUCUUCUGUGCAGAGAAUACGCCUGCCCCAAUUCGCGGCGGUCUAGUCAUGUGUUGGCAGCUUUGGACGGCCUUUGGCAUCUUCCUCGGUUUCAGCGCUAACCUGGCAGUCAUGAAUACCGGUGCUUUGUCUUGGCGUCUGCAGCUUGGGUCCGCCUUCAUCCCAGCCGUGCCUCUUCUGUGCGGUGUCUACUUUUGCCCUGAGUCUCCUCGUUGGUACAUCCGACGAGGCGAAAUGGGCAAGGCUUACAAGUCUCUUUGCCGUCUUCGCAAUACACCGCUUCAGGCUGCGCGAGAUCUCUACUACAUUCAUGCCCAAAUCCAGAUUGAACAGGGCAUUAUUGGAGACAGCAACUAUGCUACUCGUUUCGUCGAGCUAUUUACUAUUCCUCGGGUCCGUCGCGCUACCCUUGCUUCGUUCACGGUGAUGAUUGCUCAGCAAAUGUGUGGAAUCAACAUCAUCGCUUUCUAUUCUAGUACCAUCUUUCAGCAAGCUGGCGCCAGUACCACCGGAGCUCUAUUUGCCUCGUGGGGAUUCGGUGCGGUGAACUUCCUGUUCGCCUUCCCGGCAAUUUGGACCAUCGAUACUUAUGGCCGCCGAGCUCUGCUUCUGUUUACCUUCCCUCAGAUGGCUUGGACCCUUCUCGCAGCUGGGUUUUGCUUCUGGAUCCCAGGAAACGGAGGUGCUCACUUGGCAGCCGUGGCUCUCUUUAUCUUCCUGUUUGCUGCAUUCUACUCUCCUGGUGAAGGCCCUGUGCCCUUUACCUACUCUGCUGAAGUCUUCCCACUGUCUCAUCGUGAAGUCGGUAUGUCGUGGGCUGUGGCAACCUGCCUAGGUUGGGCCGCAGUGCUCUCCAUCACCUUCCCACGCAUGCUCCACGCUAUGACUCCUACCGGAGCCUUUGGCUUUUACGCGGGCCUGAACGUGACUGCGCUGGUCAUGAUCUUCUUGUUUGUUCCCGAGACCAAGCAGCGCACUCUGGAAGAGCUCGACUACAUUUUUGCGGUCCCCACCCGGGUUCACAUGCAUUACCAAACCUUCAAGGCACUUCCGUGGUGGAUCAACAGAUACAUCCUCCGCCGGAAAGUCGAGCUUGAGCCACUUUACAACUUCGAUCACUUGGACACGCGUGAUCAAUCUGCACGAAGCCAGAGUAUUGUAUCUGAGACCGUCAAGGCGUAG